GUCCGUGAGAGAGUCGGAAAGAGAAAGUGCAGUGUACGUCAACUCAUUCUAUUCCAAUAAAGCGCUGGAAUACCAGAUGCACACUGGAUGCUUUAUGUGCUGUGCUUGGUAAACAGCAGCCAUAAUGUCUGAGGGUCUACUAUCACUACAGAAUCACUGUGAUCAACUUGACUCAGACAAAGUUACAGAAAGAAAGAAACACAUUGAGUCAUUCAAGAGAGAGCUGAAUCGAACUGUGAUCGUUCAACAAUUAGAUCAUAACAGCAACAAUGGACGAGGCUUAACAUGGAAUGCUGUCUUCAAUUCUUUAAUCUCAUACAUGCUGAAAGAAAUAGAUCAUCUCAAGAAGCAGAAAGGAGAAUCCAGCACAAGUUUGAGCAGCAAGGACCGUAAGAAGCAAACAGUUGGGGAGGUCUUCAAGUGGUUUGUCCGCAAAGCUAAUCAAAGAGGUGAGAAGCUGAACUGCUCUGAUCUCCUGCAUCAUGUUCUAACCCUAAUGAAAGAUGACUUCUCAGGUAUUGCCUUUGGUGAAGUAUGUUGCAGCGUCAUAUUGAAGGAUAUACUAAGAAGUCGGAAAUACUUUUGUCAGAUUUCUUCAAGUAAUUGGCAAGAGUUAUUGAAGUACUUUUGUAAGGCACUCCGUGAUCCUGUGCAGAGAACGAGUCAUGAUGUACUCUCUCGUAUUGUCAGAUUAAUCUUAGCAGGAGCUCUCAAACAAAGUAAUGUCUCUACAUCAUUCAUCUUGACCUUCUUCAACUCAAUCAUUAACAAGUUCAGAACAAGUGAAAGGAGUGCAACGGUAGUGGAGAAUAUUUUGGGAUCACUGAACCUGUUUAUUCUGACUUGCGCUAGUGAUUUAAGGACACAACUUUGUAAGCUUGGUGAAGACUCUAUUGAUAACUUACUACAUGUAUGGAAGAAAUACUCCACACCUGCUGUCAAGGAGGAGGUUGUUGUGUUCUUGAGGAUGCAGAUGGCGUUACAUCAUCCUAAGGGAGUUGUUACAGAGGAGCAAGGGGCAUAUGCUGAAGACUUCACAGUCUGGAGGGGUCAUUUGAAGUAUCUGUAUGAUGAGUUAGUUUACAAUGAAUGGACUAAAGUCAACACUAGACGGAAACUCAAAGGUGUCAUUGGUCGAGAGAUCUUCAAGGAAACUGAUGUAGAUUUAGCAGCAGACAUCUGCCAUCAGAUCCUAUGCCGGAGUGACUCAACAGCAGAUGAUAAAACUCCAGGCAUCAAUCCUGACUUGAACCAAUCAUCAAAUAGCUCUCGUUAUAUCAGCCAGGGCGGUAGUGCAGCUAAACGACGUAAGGUUGACUCCUCAGGAUGUAGUUGGGAGAUUCUACUAGACAUGAUCUCUAUCCAGACCUCAAAUCUUAUCCCAUGGUGA